CUCUGGUUUACUUUCGCAAAGCAGUCAGAUUUUCAGACAAUCUGUUAGAAUAUCCGGAAAAAACAUAUUGGGAAAACUAGUUUUCCACUCAGGCACAGCAAAAAUGAGUGAACUGGUAUGGGGAAUUAAAAACGGUGACUUGGACCAAGUGAAAGACAUCGUUGAGAAAAAGGCUAUAAAUUUGAAUGAGCAAAUUGACGGUAGGCCCCCAAUCCACUAUGCCGCAGAUUAUGGACAGAAGGACGUUAUAGAAUAUCUCAUUUCUGUAGGAGCUAAUGUGAACUCCACAGAUAAACAUGGUAUUACCCCAAUUUUGGCUGCUAUAUGGGAGGGACAUACAGAUUGCGUAAGGCUUCUUCUUGACAAGGGUGCCAAAAAGGAUGGCGUGGCCCCAGAUGGCAAAUCUUACUACGAGUCGGCAGAGAACAACGAAAUCAGAGCACUUCUAGCUUAGGCUCCAGGCUUUAUCGAAGUCCAUUUUAAAUCGUAUACUUAGAGUUUCAUGGUCAAUAUUUUAUAAGUUCUGAUGGUUUAAAGAGUUGAAGGUCGUCCGAUUACCUAUCAGUUUCGAAAACAUUUGAUUUUAAAAGUACUAACAAAUUACAGAAGUGAUAUAUUUUGAAAGUUUUUUCGGGAGUUCUGCGACUUGGAGAAGUUCUAAAAGAUGUAUAUUUAUAUGUAAUUUAACUCUCCCAAAAUGAGGUGGUUCGUAUAUUUAUCGUGAGUUGCACGCUCAAAUUUAUUUAUUUUAAUUCGAUUUAUAUGUUGAAAUAUAUAAUGGGUAUAUUUUCUUUAUGACUGUAACGACAGGAUUCAAUAAAGAAAUUUAUUCUUUCA